AGUAUUCCUUUGGGAAUUCUUUUUCCCUUCUUGUGAAUUUACCCUGGCAUAAACCAUCACUCUUUUAACUGACUUCACUGUAACGGUAUUUGCGUGUUCGCCCCACAUUGCUUGUAAUGGAAUUGAUAGGAUGAAGUAACGAGAAAAAGCAAGCUUCAAUCUCCACGUUGUAGUUAGUGUCGCUCACCCACUAUUUCCUAUCCUCUCAUCAACGCACAGGAAUUUUUCCAAAUCCUCUCCAUCAAUAAAACGCGUCACAGACGGCCUGAGAAGACACAAAACGUGCCUUUAUUAACUCCCCCUUUCGUGUCACAAAACUAAACAGCUGAACACACCCAACUGCCCUUUCUCAGUUAUAUCAGUUGUCAAUUUGCAGCAGAGAGAUAGAGAAAAAAUGACUACAAUGUCGACUUGUCGAAUUGCAGGGCCGUCGAUCUGUGUUACCAGGGCGCCCUUAGCUUUCUGUGCGAAGCCGAGCAAGGGCUGUAGGUGGGCGAGAGAGAAAAAGGGUUUCAAGGGUUCCGAUUUAGUCUUUUCACAACGCGGAUUGACCAAAGUGGGCGCACGAAAACGCAUGGGGGUCUAUGCUGUUGCAUCGCCUUCAGAGCUAGUUCAAGACAAUGUCGAUGCAAAGCAAGACCUUCUGAUCACCCGGGAGGAGGGUUUGGAACUAUACGAAGACAUGGUGCUGGGAAGAUCCUUUGAAGACAUGUGUGCACAGAUGUAUUACAGAGGGAAAAUGUUUGGGUUUGUGCAUUUGUAUAAUGGGCAGGAGGCCAUUUCAUCAGGAUUUAUCAAGCUCCUAAAGGCUAAGGAUUAUGUUUGCAGCACUUACAGAGACCAUGUCCAUGCACUCAGCAAGGGUGUGCCUGCACGUGCUGUCAUGAGUGAACUCUUUGGAAAGACAACAGGGUGUUGCAGAGGGCAAGGAGGUUCUAUGCACAUGUUUUCUAAAGAACACGGCCUUCUUGGUGGCUUUGCAUUUAUUGGAGAAGGAAUUCCUGUUGCUACUGGAGCUGCUUUCAGCACCAAAUAUAAGCGUGAAGUGCUCAAGGAUGACAGUGCUGAUGCAGUUACAGUUGCUUUCUUUGGAGAUGGGACUUGCAAUAAUGGACAGUUCUUUGAGUGCUUGAACAUGGCUGCUCUUUGGAGGCUUCCAAUUAUUUUUGUUGUGGAGAACAAUUUGUGGGCUAUUGGAAUGUCCCACGUUAGGGCAACUUCAGUUCCAGAGAUUUGGAAGAAAGGACCUGCUUUUGGGAUGCCAGGUGUUCAUGUUGAUGGGAUGGAUGUGUUGAAGGUGAGAGAAGUGGCUAAGGAAGCUGUAGCCAGAGCAAGGAGAGGCGAUGGUCCUACACUUGUUGAAUGUGAGACAUACAGAUUUAGAGGUCACUCAUUGGCUGAUCCUGAUGAGCUUCGUGAUCCUGCGGAAAAGGCUCAUUAUGCAGCAAGGGAUCCAAUAGUAUCUUUAAGAAAAUACCUUGUAGAGAAUAAUCUGGCCAAUGAAUUAGAUUUGAAGGCAAUUGAAAAGAAGAUUGAUGAGAUUGUUGAAGAUGCAGUGGAAUUUGCAGAUGCAAGCCCUCUUCCACAGCGUGGUCAGCUUCUUGAGAACGUGUUUGCAGAUCCAAAAGGCUUUGGAAUAGGACCAGAUGGUAGAUACAGAUGCGAAGAUCCUGGGUUUACUGCUGGCACAACACAAGUUUAAAGUUGCAAUUAGACAUUCUUUCCUGUCUUCAAAGUUUAAAGGUAAUCUGGAAGCUUCUCAGAUACUCCAAUCCACGAGAUGACAUCAAGACCACUGUAACAUCCUAUCUAGUGAAAAUUCAUUUUAUUUGAAGUAUUCUUUACCUAUUAACUUGUAAAUUUGUUGGUCUCACUUUGAUUAAUUUUUAAUGGUCCUUUACACAACAGUCGAUGUGGAUAUCUUUUGCCCUAAGAUGCUACUGGGCUUCAAGUGACAUGUUUAUAAGCAUAUAUGUUGGUAUAAAAUGUAUGCUUGUCUCAUUUUUCAGAUUGAAUGUCUACUUAAGAUGGUUUGCUUUA